UGUUUUGGUGAUCGGAAUCAGCCAAGCAGAAAGUCCUCUUUCAAAUCAAAGAAAUACCUUUUUGGGAGAAGAAAACGGCCAUUUCCGUCGAGAGAAGGAGCUUGCGUAAGCAUCUGGAAUCCUAGCCUGCUUGGCUGCCAUGUGCAUAGAUAGAUAGAUAGCUUUGUAAGUGCAAAAAUACAAAAUCUGACUCCAAAUUUGUCCUAUUCUACAGGCCAACCCUCUUGUUGUGUUCCCAUCACGCUUCUACUACUUCACUCUCCCCCCUUAAAUUCUCUCCCAUUACCUCCAACAACUGUUACAUUUCUUACCCUCUUUGACUCUCUCUAGUGUCAUCAAAUGGGUACCCCCGGAAAUGAUGAACCAGGUACCCAGACCCCACAAAACACCAAAAGUUCUCCCCUUUUCAGAUACAAUUCACCCUUCAUUCAGAUCGUUUUAAUUGGGUUGGUCUGUUUCUGUUGCCCGGGAAUGUUCAACGCCCUCUCCGGCAUGGGUGGCGGUGGCCAAGUCAACGCAACCGCCUCCAACAACGCCCUCACCGCCCUCUACACCACCUUCGCCAUCUUCGGCAUCCUCGGCGGCGGCAUCUACAACAUUCUCGGACCCCACCUCACCCUCUUCGCAGGUUGCUCCACCUACGUCCUCUACGCAGGCUCCUUCCUCUACUACAACCACUACCAGCACCAGUUCUUCGCCAUCGUCGCCGGCGCCAUCCUCGGCGUCGGCGCAGGGCUCCUCUGGGCCGCGCAGGGCGCCAUCAUGACCUCCUACCCUCCGGAGAAUCGGAAAGGCACUUACAUUUCCAUCUUCUGGAGCAUCUUCAACAUGGGGGGUGUCAUCGGUGGCCUAAUUCCCUUCAUUCUCAAUUACAAUCGCGGUGACUCAGCUGUCACUGUCAACGACGGAACCUACAUAGGAUUCAUGGUAUUUAUGGCCGUUGGGGCUGUUCUGUCGUUGACCAUUUUACCCGCUAGCAAGGUUGUUCGCGACGAUGGGACUCGGUGUACUAAAAUGUUGUACUCCAAUGCGGCAACUGAAUCCGUUGAAAUUCUCAAGCUUUUCUACAACUGGAAGAUGCUUCUCAUUAUUCCCGCUGCUUGGUCUAGUAAUUUUUUUUAUACCUACCAGUUUAACCAUGUUAAUAAGCCGCAGUUCAAUUUGAGGACUAGAGGGUUCAACAAUGUGUUCUAUUGGGGGGCGCAGAUGGUGGGUUCGGUUGGGAUUGGGUAUGUGAUGGAUUUCAGCUUUAGGAGCAGGAGGAAGAGAGGGGUUGUGGGGAUUGGUGUGGUUGCUCUUCUUGCUUCUGCUAUUUGGGGUGGUGCACUUGCGAAUCAGAUUAAGCAUGACCCCGGGGUGAUCUUGGAUUUCAAGGACUCCGGUUCUCGCUAUGCUGGGCCUUUUGUUUUGUAUUUCAGUUUUGGGUUGCUUGAUGCCGUGUUCCAAAGCAUGGUCUAUUGGGUUAUCGGUGCCCUGGCCAAUGAUUCUGAGAUUCUUAGCAGGUAUGCUGGGUUCUAUAAAGGCAUACAAAGUGCGGGGGCAGCAGUGGCUUGGCAAAUUGAUAACCAUAAUGUGUCCGCUAUGGCUCAGUUGAUUGUGAAUUGGGUGCUCACUACUGUGAGCUAUCCGUUGUUGUUGAUUUUGGUUGUUUUGGCUGUGAAAGAAGGAGACAACAGGGGAGAAGAGGAACCUGUCAAAGAGGUUGCUGGCUUUGCCCACUGAUAUUGUUUUGUUACCUGUAAAAAUCAACUGCAUAUUUUGUCUUUAUUUCUGUUAUCUUGUUUUUCAUUGUUACCAUUGUCAUCACAUAUAAAAGUCUGAAAUGGAUGAAGAUUUAUCUGUAUGAGUUCAUGCGUCGGAGAAUAUUAAAGGCAACAAAUUAAUGCAACUUAUACUGCAACUAUUGCAAGAUGAA